UCAGUUGGAUUCCGUUCCUCAACCGAUUGAGUCGCUCGCGCGCUGUUGGAGUCGCUGCUCGAAAAAACGCGCGACGGGCAAAUUGAAUAUCUGUCAUCUACGAUUGGACAUAUCAAACAUAUAGUUUAUUGUUGCUUAAUAAAUUUAUAUUCAUUGGUGUGCUUUGGAAAUAAAUGAAAAAAGAGACAUUGAUGGAAUUUUAUGGAAUAAAAUAGACUCUUAUAAAAUAUUGAAAAAGAAAAAACUUUGUGUUAAUUAAAGUCCAAAAAACUCCACAAAAAGUGAGCCAAAAUUGUAAAAUACGUAUAUGUGUAUGUAAAUAUAAAAAAAGAGCAGUCAGUCAUCGUGUUCAAUAACAAAAUGCUCCACUAGAAAUUGCCUACUAUAGAUAUGGUUAAUCAAGCGUCAGCAAUCCAACGCUGUGGUCGUUCUCCAACGCCUAGUCCGCAACUAUCUCAUCGCAAUGUCGUGCAGUCGAGUCAACCGAGUGCCAACAGCAAUAGAACAGACAGCAUCAGGAGAUCAACGCCAGCUCCACUUGUAACCAGCUGUGCAGCAGCUCCAUGCAGCGACAUCAUUGGCGAUGUGGUGGGCAACUUCGGCAUCUGGCAGCUGCGCACCAUUUUGAUCAUCUUUUUGUGCAAGAUUCCUGCCGCUUGGUUCAUGGCCUGCAUCAUAUUCACGGGCCCUGAACUCUAUCCCGGCACUGAGUUCACCUGCGAUACAAGCCACCUGAACAGCAGCUCCAACUACAGCGUCUCGGAUGACCAGUGCUAUAUACUGGAUGAGUCCUCGAAUAUCAGCAGCGAGUGCCAGCAGUUCGAGUACAUGUCCAGCUUCGAUUCGCUGAUCAUGCAGUUCAAUCUGGUUUGCCUGCGCGAUAUCUUUGUUGCCUGGACACAGUAUUGGCAUCUCUUUGGCGUGCUCGUUGGUGGCGUGGUGGGCACCAAGAUGAUGGGUGGGAUCAGUCCUCGGGUCACCUACUGUGUGGGUGCCAUUGCCCAGAUCCUUUGUGGCGUUGUCACCGGCUAUGCCCGCGACUUUACCCUGCAUUGCGCCUUCCGCUGUCUCUCGGCCGUGUGCUGCGCCAUCAUGUUCACCGCAGGACAAGCUAUUUUUAGCGAUAUUACUGCUGGAAUUCAUCGCGUUGGGGCCAUCAUUCUCUACGACACCUUUUGGUCCGUUGGCGUUAUUCUACUGCCCACGUUGUCGUCUUUCUUCAACAGCUGGUCUUUGAUCUAUGUGGGCAUUACAUUCCCUACAAUCAUGCUCAUAGUCUUGCUUUAUUGGACACCAGACUCACCUCGCUGGCUACUCCGAAAUGCCGCCGAUCGAUACGCCAUCGACAGUGUGGAGCAGAUGGUGCGUGAAGGCGCCGAAAUCAACGAUCGAACUUUCAAAAUACCUCCGGACUUUCGGCAGCAGUUGGAGCAGCUUAGCGAAAAGCUCAAGACACAACCAGCACCUGCUCCCUGGACACAGCUCUGGCAGGGCAAACGUGCCAAGACUCACAUGGUGGCAGCCCACUUGGCCCUGGCCUUUUUUGUCAUCAACUUCAUGGGCAUGCUGCUCAAUAUACGAUCCUUUGGCAGAGACUAUCUUGUACCCAACACCAUAGCAAUGGGUUUCUCUGAGAUUAUUGGAUGCUUCUUGGCACUGCACUUUGCACUGAAACACAGCAAAUGGAAGUGGCAAUGGGCUGGCAGCUUCAAUAUACUCGCCGGCAUGCUUGGUUGUCUGGGAUGGCUCUUCACUGGCGCCGACACAAUGGAUGCUGAUUUAAAGGUGUCGCUGUGGAUGAUUAUUGCCACCAUACCAAAGGCUGGUGUCUCCUGUGCCCAGUCAAUGCUCUUGGCCUGCAUGAACGAACUAGUGCCCGCCAAUAAGAAGCAACUCUUUGUUUUCUCCGUGGUCACCUGGGCACGUGUCUGGCUGUUGUCGGCACCAUUCUUCAAUGUGCUCAAAAAGAUCGACACCGCCUUGUCAUUGACCUCUUACUGUGUAUUCAGCAUACUUGGAGGCAUCUGCACGUGUUUGCUGCUCACGCCCCGAACCAGCUCAGCUCCAGUGGUUGUGCCCCAAUUGGAGCAGCAGGACAAGAAGGAGCAGUCGCCAUUGCAUACGCCAGUUUGGACUAUUGAGUCCGAUGUGAAUAACACACGCCUAUAGGGGUUAAGAUCAGGAGUUGCAACUUGCAAAUUAGCUAAUAAAAUUCAAUUUUCUGUGAUUUGCACAAAAUCUCAACAGUCGUUUAUUAAAAUUCUGACUACAACAUAAGCACAUAGGCAAUCAA